AUGGGGAGACUGAUCAAAAACCACUGGGCCCGCUUGAUCGUCCUCACCGCUGCAGCUUAUCAAAUAGGCAGCGCUGUGGAGGGCUUCAUCUGGCCCAAGAUCUUCUGGGACUUCACUACAAGAAAUCUCAACGGCGCUGUAAAACCUACCCCGAUACUCCAAAUCCUCAACCUCAUAAUGGGCCUACUUGGCAUCGCAUGGGAAUGGCCGUUGAACCUCCUCGCUGGAACCCUACCACACCGCAGCAUCGAAGUGCGACUCAUCAUGUACCCUCUGAGCGCUCUCCUCGCUGCCCUUCUCUACCAGGGGACGAAUCCUGCCAUCUACUAUCUGAUCGGUAUUGCGGUCUACUUCUGGGCGUACACUGAAGGCGAGGUUGUAUGUCCGGAACCGUGGACUUUGCCGAAACGACAAUUUCUCAAAGUGUAA